CAUGCAUGUGCCUGUGGUGCGGGCAGCAGCAGUGCUCAAGCCAGCCGCGGCCUUGUCUGCUGCUGGGGGUGUACAGAGGGGCACAGCACAGUGCACGGCAGGGGGCAGCGUGCAGGGCGGGGGCAGCAGCGGCGCCAUGCGCAGGGCCCUGGAGGAGCAGCUGGCCGCGCACCGAGUGCUGCUCACUCACUCCUGGCGCCACCCCUUGCCCCUCCUGUGCCUCCUCGCCCGCUCCCACGUGCUGCUGCCGCCCAAGGCCCAUGCGCAGGAGGUGGCGGGUGGUACGAGAGGGGAAGCAGAGGGAGCUGAGGGGGUAAACAGAGUAGGAGCAGAUAGAGUGAGCGCAGGGAGGGGUGGGGAUGCGGCAAGAGAAGGUCAGGGUGAUGACGCUGCGAGGGGAGGCAGCAUUGCUGAAGGGUUCGAGUGGAGUGUGGUGGGCGUGACCCUGUCAUGCUCCGCCCUGCGUCUGCCACUGCUGCUGCACCUGUUCCUUGGUAACCACGCUGCACACCACCUCCCUCCCAUGCAGCAGCAUCCAGGGGAGGAAGACAUGCUCCGCGCAGCAGAUCCCUGCUACGUAUGGCUGCUGCACUCCCACCGCCCACCGCCCCCUGCACUCCCCACUGUGUCCGCGCAAGCCCCCCUGGCAGCAGCGGCGUGCCCCCCUGUGGCGCUCGUGCAGGUGGCACAGGGGGUGCGCUGCAACCUCGCCUGGCUCCUCUCCUGCCCCCCGCCCGGCGCUGCGUGGCCCUGGGUGGCGGGGGGGCGGGAUGAGCACCUGUGGGGGGAGGAACAGGAUGACUCGGGAGGCAGUGAGGGACGUGCUGUUGGGGCCGGGCUGAGUGGGGGGGGCAAUGGGGCUGGGAGCAGUGGCGAGGGGGGGACGAGGCAGGGCAUUGCAGGGGCAGGGCGUGGGACGCUGUGGGCUGGGCAUCACUUGAGUGGUGUUGUGGGGUGCAGAUGGGUGGAGAGCACACGGCAGGAACAGCGGGUAUGUGGGGGGAAUGUGGAUGCAUGGGGUGAUGAUGACAUGUGGUGGUGGCAGGAGAGGCAGUGGGGAGAGGAUGUGUGGUGGAGGGAGGAGAGUACUGUUCGAAAUGAGACGAGUAAGGUUAGUAAUAUGAUGAAGGCACGGGUCACAGAGAAAGGAGAAGAGGAUGAGGAGGGAGACGAGGAGGGCGAGGAAGAGGUGGAGGAGGAAGAGGUGGAGGAGGGAGAGGUGGAGGAGGGAGAGGAGGCAGAGGAAGAUGCCAGUGUGGAGGGGCAUUUAGCAGCUGCAGGGGGGUGGUGGGAGGUGGUGCCCGUGUCGCCCGUGGACGAGUGGCAGCAGCACCUCUGGCGCUCCCUGCUGCUCGCCCUGCUUCUCCACCCCUCGUCUCUGCCCGCCCUGCCCUCCCACCUCCCCCUGCUCGCCUGCCUAGACCACCUGCUGGGCCGUGGGCAUGUGGCGCACAGCGAGGAGGGGAGAGCGGGGGGAGAGGGCGUGGGGGAGGGAGAGGAAGAGGAGGGUGGGCAGUGGUGGCGGAAUGGCAUGGGAGGGCGAGAGGUGGUGUCGGCGGUGUUGGGGGGAGGCAGAGGCAUGUGGCAGAUGAGGGGCGUGCGGAUGGCAGUCACUGCUUGCCCAGCUGCAGCACAAGGGGUCACACUGCCCUGCCUGGUUCCGCCCUCGCUGCUCUCACCGCUGGAUUCACCCCAUCAUCACCUGCAAUCCCCCUCCCACCACCCCACCCCUCUGCCCCCCGCGCCUGCGCUCUCCCUCGCCCUCCGCCUCCAUCUUCUGCUCUUCGCCCCCGUGUCCCCGAACCCCCUCGCCUCCCGCUCACUCCCCCCUGCCACAUUCCCUUGGGAGCUUCCCCCUUCCUUCCCCCUGGCAUGCGCACCCCAUAUGCCCCCCCUUGCGGCCCUGCAGCAGCUGCCCUCCCUCUCCUCCCUCUCGCUGUCCCUCGCAUCCCUUUCUGCCCAACCCGACGCCUGUGCUUGGCUGGCGGACCCCUGGCCCAUGGCGAGCAGCAGAGCGCACCAGCCUUCUAGUGCUGGCCACCCGAGCGCCUUCCUCCCCAUGCCGCACAGUCUCCGCCACCUGAUAUUGGCCGCCUCUCCCUUCUCGCUCUUCCUCUCGCUGCUGCCAUUGCUGCUCGCCCGGUCCGUCUCCCGCCUCUCCCUCAGCGCCAUCACACAGCACCUGCACGCACUCGCAUCAGCUGCAGCGCUCCUAGCGCGCACGCACACACCCCUGCUUGCCGCUGCCUCCACCCUCCUCUCGCUGCUCGGCCUCUCCUCCUCCCGCCUCCGCCUUGUCAUUGCCGCCCUGCAUCUCAUCCUCUCUUCCUCCCCGCUUCCCUCCCCCUCCUCCCUUGCGGCCGUCGCUCGCUUUCUGCACUGCUACUGCGAUUCGUGGGCAGGGGGGCAGCAGGGUGGGGUGGACCAGCCAGGGGAGAUGGAGAUGGUGGGCGAGGAGGAGAGACAGGCGCGGCAGAGGCGAGUGCAGGAGGCGAUGCAGAGGAGGGAGCAGCAGCAACAGCAGCGGGACGAGUGGGCGCUGGUGCUGGCGCUUGCAGCGGAGUUCUCUCUCCCAGCCCCUAACAGACUGUUGCUGCGCUUCGCACACGCUAAUGACUGGAUGGGCUUGCUGGCACAGGCGCAGGCGCAAACAUGGCCUCUCCACGACCUGCUGCACAUAGUGCACCAUCACAUGCCGCACAUCUCUCUGCGCCAUCACCUCUCCCUCGCCCUCGCUCGCUGUGCCACCCCCUCCUCCCCGCCGCCCUCGCUCCUCCCCUACAACCGCACGCCCACCCUCUUCCACGUCCUCUCGCAAGCCGCCACUGCGCCACCGUUCCCCGCCGCCACCUGCCCUCGUGUGCCCGUGCAGCUGCUGCGCCUCACGCGCCGCCUGCACUGGCCGCUGCUGGCCGUGGUGGCUGCCGGCGUGCAGGGAGGCGCGGGGGAGAGGCAUGCAGGGGGCAGCACGGGGAUUACGCUGUUCCACCUGGCCUGCCUGGACUCGUGGCUGCAUGCAACAUGUGCAGAAUUGCUUGCAGCAUCGUGCCACACUUCCUGCCAUGGCCAUGCUGCUCCUGCUGGGACCAUGGCAGCGCAGGGAGAUGGGGAGAGAGAGGGGCGGGAGGAGAAAGUGUGGGGGGGGGGAGAGAGUGAGGAGGAAGAAGGUAUAGAGGAGGCGCAUGCAGGAGGGGUCGGCGGACGGCAGGACUGGGUGCAGGGGCUGCAGCAAGGGAAGCGGCGGCGAGUGGAGGCACAGCUGGGGUGGAGGGCGGAGAGGCAGGCAGAGAAGGCAGGAGGAGAGCAGAGGGGGGCGCAGGCAGCAGGGUUGAGGAGAGAGGGGGGGUAUGAGAGGGGGCAAGAGGUCGUGGAGGCGAGGGGCAUGGGGCUGGGCGGGAUGGUGUCGUGGCUGUGUAGGGAGGGGUGGGUGCUGCCGCUGCUGCGAGGGCUGCACCUCUUCCUUCCGCGCUGCUCGCUGCUCUACCUCCUCCUCGCUCUGCAGGCGCACUGGCGGCAGCACAGCGAGGAGGCGGAGGCGUGUGUGGCGGAGUUCAACGUGCUGGCGGACAGGGAGCAGGCGGACGCCAAGGCAGCGCAGCACCUUGAGGGGCACACUCCGGGGGAUGCUAUGCGCGACUUGGAGGAGGUGUGGGGUGCGGAGGGGGCAGUGGAAGAGGCGGAAGCAGCAAGCCAUGACCUCCCUCCACUGGACAAUCUGCUCUCGCUCUUCUCCCCCACCCUCUCUCUGCGCUCUCUUGCCCUCCGCUCCUCCCUCUCCCCCUCCGCUCUUCUUGCCUCCCUCGCGUCUCUUGCUGUCGACGCUGCCAUUGCCCGCUCCGCCUCGCCCCACCACACCCUCUCCCUCCUCCAACUCCUCGCGCGCGCCCGUCUGCCGCCACCUGACCAGCGCCGCCUGCAGCAACUUCAGGUGGAAGCCCAGCUACUCUCAGGUGCCUCUUCAGGGCCCUCCGCCUCCCCCCUGCCCUCAGUGCCCAUGCAUGGUAGCAGUGCAGCAGGGGCGAUGGCGGAUGGAGGGUUGGAGCAGAACUGGAGGCUGGAGGGCCCUGGGGGGACUGGCAGCGCGGCUACAGGCCGGGCAACUCGCAUGGGAGAGGGUGGAGGAAAUUCGCACAGUGGGGGAGGGUGGAUGGGGGAGAGGGUGGAGCAGUCGGGAGGAGUGGACGAGGAGGGGGGUGUGAUGGAGGAUGGGAGCACGGAGGCGGUGCUGAUGACACGAGAGGCCAGUGGGUUGCAGGCGCGCAUCACUCUCACUCAGGCGCAGCACAUGGUGUGCGAGUGGCAGCAGCUGCUGUGGGAGGAGGAGGAGGAGCAGGCGCUGGUGUGGGAGCACUGCCACCACCUCUUCAUGUGCCACCGCCUGCCAGCCCGCCGAGCCGUCGCCUUCUUCCUCGGCCAUGCCGCCUCUCUUGCCGCUCAACUUGCACACGCGCCUCCACAUGCUGCUGUGGCGGCCUGUGAUGGUGACGCAGAGGGAAGGGGAGACAGCAGGGGCAAUGGGGUGGGGGUGAUGGAGGGCAAGCUCGACGAUGAGGAGGGGGAGAGAGUAGAGGCGGAGACAGACCCCCUCAGUGAAGGCUUGUGGAGUGCAGUCAGAGUAUGGGGGGAGGGAGAAGAGGGGCAGGAGGAGGAGGAUUGGAGUGAGGCAGGGGAGGAAGAAGGCAGUGGGGACGAUGAGAUGGAGUGUGCGCAGAAGAGGGCGCGGUGUGUGCACCCCAUUCUGCUGCUGGCCCUGCAGUGGAAGCUCAGAGCGUACCAUCUCGCCUACCUGCACGCAUGCAGAUCAGCUGCACCCCCCCACACGGCGCCCGAUGACAGCACAGCCCCACCCACCGCCACCACGGAGUGUGAACUGUCGCUGUCGGCCCUGGCGUGCCGCGUGUGGGAGGUGGCAGCCCUGGCCGACCACUCCCUCCCCUCGCCCCUGCACUGCGCGCCCUUCCCCGGCCUCGCCCUGCCCCUCUCCUCCCUGUGGCACCGCCUGGCUCGUGGCCCCGCGUGCUCGUUCCUCGCGCGCACGGCGCGUGUCAUGGCCGCCAACCAGGACGCUCUCUGCGCUGCCGCUGCCGCCCCCCUCGCCUCGCCCCCCUCGCCCUCCUCUUGCUUCCCCCAGCCGCCCCUGCCAUCUGUGUGGCCAAGAGGAGUGGGGGAUGCAGGGAGCGAGGAGGGUGAGGAGAGGGUGAGGGAGGGGGUGGUGCAGGUGCUGCUGGAGAGAGGGCAGGUGGAGGGGGCACGUGCCGUGUGUGCACAUGUGGGUGGUGGUGGCAGGGAUGGCGGAGGGGAGGCGGAUGUGGCGAUGGUGGAGGCAGCAGAGGUGAUAGCAGUGCAUGAGGGGAUGAUGGACGAGGACAUGCAUGAGCGGGUCAUGCACGCAUGCCAUGCAUGCCCCAUGGAGGAUGGCACGCGCCGCCUGCUCUUCUCAGACCAGCCCUUGGAGGUCCUCACAGCCCUUGCGUGUCUCGCCUCGCUCCCUUCCGCCCGCCUCUGCAUCCUGCGCUGCUUCGCACGCCGGCAAGCCAUGCAGCUGCUGCCACACCCCUCUGCACCGCUCUCCACCAUGUCGCUGUCUGCCCUGCUGCGCGCUCUGCUGGCAGAGGGCGAGGCAGCCGUGCCGAGUGUGCAGCUGCUGCUCGCCACAGGGCUGCUGCCAGGGGCUGAUGCCGUGGCGGCCGUGGCAGACAGAAUCGUGCAGGUGAUUGACAGCGGGUACAGCUGUGCUGCCAGCAGCACGUGGCGCAACGGCACGUACAGGCGGUUCACGGAAGCACGGGGCAGAGGGCGGGGCGAUGGGGAGGCCGUGCAGGGAGCGGGUGCAGGCAGCGCAGCACCUCGGAGUGCUUCCCGACAGGGUAGUGCCAGUGCUGCUCACGCUGCUGCAUUCAUGUCCCCCUCGUUCCCAGCUGUGCCGCCCCCCUCCUCAUCCACUGCCACACCUCCAGCUGCCCCACUUCCGCGAGCGUCAUCACUGUCCUCAGUAGGGGCAGCAGCGGGGCGCAGCUUGGGGCGGUCAACCAGUGGCAAGGUGAUGUGGAGUGACGCACUCGCUGCAUCGGAUGGCACGUCCCGCCUGCCGUGGGACGAGUCAGAGGUGGCGGCGCUGCUCUCCCUGCUCGCGCACCACCCGCCCCUGCACGACCUUCCCUUCGCACUCCCACCGCUGCCUCCUACCACAGCACCUGCCCAAUCCAGCAACUGCAGAACCAGAAGCAGCAGGGGCAGCAGCAGUGAGGCCCCGCCUUCGAUUCUCCUGCCUCUGGCUCUGCUUCACUCCCUGCAACACCUUGACGGUGCCAACGCCAACACACAGGUCGACGUGCUGCUUCUAGCACACUACGCUAGUGUGGCAGUUCCCUUGGCAGCCAAUGAGACGCUGCCACGUGUCACGGAGGCCAUGGUGCAGUGUGCAGUGUCUCUAUCCGCGCCCUCCCUUGUGUCCGCCUCCCUGCGCCUGCUCCUUGCCACCACCAACCCCCGCCCCCUCUGCUUCGUCCUCACUCGCCUCCUCGCCUCGGGCCAGCUCGCAUUUCUUCUCUCACGCCUGCCCGCUGCUGCCUCUGCUGCCCGUGCCAUCCGCUCCGUGUUCCUCCAAGCCACCCUCCCUGCCGCCAGCAGCACUGGUGCUAUGAGCACCGUGCUCUCCCUCUCCGCCCUCGCCCCGCCCCUGUCCACUGCCACCACCAUGUGCGCCACUUGCGCCAGGGCGUGCUGCGCCAUCCCCACACCCAUGCCGCGCUCUUCCAGCAGCACCAGCGGCAGGCGAGGCAGCAGCAACAUCAGCGGCAGGUGCAGUGGAGGGGGGGAGUGUUUGCCUCUGGAGAUCCGCAUUGCCCUGCACACAGCAGCGUGGAGCCAGGGGCUGUGUGACGACACCAAGAACCUCGUGUUGCAGCAGCUGGGGCCGGAGCGGGAGUUGGCGGAGGCGCAUGAGCGGCGGGCGGGCGACUACCUGGCGGACUGGCGGGCGCUGCAGUCGUCGCGCUGGCUGCACGCCAACGACGACGCCGCCGUGCUGCUGCUGCUCCACGCCAUGCGCGCACUCUGCGCCGCCGCCUCCACGUGGGAGGGGCUGGGCGCGGGCGACAGGGCGAGCCGCAAUGUGGCGCAGGCAGCGCUGCUGGGGCUGCAGGUGCACGUGGGGGACACCCUCGUGGGGCUCACGGCGGCUGCUGCCAGUGUUCUGCUGCAGCAGCAGCACCGGUUCUUUGAGGCGCUGGUCAUCGCCAAUGCGUACGACCUAACAUCACCUGCGGACUGGUCGCUGCUCCUGUGGACGCACCUGGACCGCUUCCGGCCAUCGCCUGAGUUCCUGGACGAGUGGGCCAUGGCCGUGCCCAUGCCGCUCGACAUGCUGCUGGACGUCGCAGAGCGCGUGCAGCACGAGCUGGGCGGCAACCGGGCGGCGUACGGCAACCAGCUGGCAGGCGCGUUCAGGCACCUGCUGUGGCUGGUGCCCAACCUGGACGAGCGGCUGCAGCUCGCCACGGUGUCGCGCGCCGCCCCCGCUGAGGUGGACAAAUGCCUGGGCAUGCUGGAUCGAGUGCCCGCCACCAGCGCGCCGCUCGUGCUGCGCAGGGGCCAUGGGGGGGCGUACAUGCCCGUGCUGUGAGGGGGGUCGGCAAGCAAAGGUGCAACACUAGGCGAUUGCGUUGCAGGCCAGGCAGGGUACCUGGUGCGCUCAAUGGCUGUGCGGAUUCUGCUGCAGCCCUGAUGGGUGGGAGUCCUCGCCAUGCCAGUAGAUGCCCAAUAGAUGUAGUAGCUAGUUCUUUCUGUGCUUGAAUGACUAGCUGCAAGGCUUUCUGUUGAUUCUUGCUUCUAAUUCUGGUGACACUCAUGCAGACUAGCUCAGGUGGCUAUGCAGCUAACUAGUUGUAGACCUGGAAUUUGGCAUGGCUGUCCUUGGAUGGAUUCUUCCAGCAUAUAGCAACGAACACUA